CUUGGCAGAUGCCAAAUUCUCUUUCAUAUGGAAAAAUAUGAGGAGCCUAACUCUAGAAACCUUCAAAAGAUGCUUUACCUUCUAUCAAUGAUGAAGGGACUGCUCCCUUUAUUUAUACCAGCGGUUACACCUCUUUUUGAAGUGAUGGAACAUCAAUGAGCAUUAGAACUUCUCUCAACUUCUGACAUGCCGCUGUCUGAACAGCAAGCAGAUAUUUCUCUCUUUACUGUGUGUUUCACAGAUAAAUGUACUGUGCUUUGUAUUAAGGCUACCAGUGGAAUAUUUUGGUACUUGCAUCACAGUGUCCACUGUUUUGUUUUGAUGUUAAUGUUUUGGUGAAGGCAUUUACCAGCUUCUCUUCUCUCCCCUUGUUCUGUUUCAGAUGCACCCACUGGGACUGUGUAAUAGCAAUGAUGAAGAGGACUUGUAUGAGUAUGGUUGGGUAGGAGUGGUGAAGCUGGAACAGCCUGAGCUGGAGCCAAAGCCAUGCCUCACUGUCCUAGGCAAGGCAAAGCGGGCAGUGCAGCGAGGUGCCACAGCUGUCAUCUUUGAUGUGUCCGAAAACCCAGAUGCCAUUGACCAGCUGAACCAGGGCUCAGAAGACCCACUGAAGAGGCCAGUGGUGUAUGUGAAGGGGGCUGAUGCAGUCAAAUUGAUGAACAUAGUUAACAAGCAGAAAGUGGCCCGAGCAAGGAUUCAGCACCGGCCCCCUCGGCAACCCACAGAGUACUUUGACAUGGGGAUUUUCCUAGCCUUUUUUGUGGUCGUCUCGCUCGUUUGCCUCAUUCUUCUCGUCAAGAUCAAACUGAAGCAGCGACGUAGUCAGAAUUCCAUGAACAGGCUUGCGGUGCAGGCCUUGGAAAAGAUGGAAACCAGGAAGUUCAAGUUGAAAAAUAAGGGUCACCGUGAAGGAAGCUGUGGAGCUCUGGACACACUCAGCAGCAGUUCAACCUCUGACUGUGCCAUUUGCCUGGAGAAGUACAUGGAUGGGGAGGAGCUGCGGGUGAUUCCCUGCACUCAUCGAUUCCACAAGAAAUGUGUGGAUCCCUGGCUGCUGCAGCAUCAUACCUGCCCCCACUGCCGCCAUAACAUUAUCGAACAAAAGAAGGGAAACCCAGGCCCAGUAUGUUUGGAAUCCACCAACCCAGUGCACAGCCCUCAUUAUCCUGGCCAAGUGCACAGGACCAACCAGAUAACUGCGUAUCCCACCCGGACUAGCAUGGACCCCCAUGGAAAUCCCAUCACGGUGCUGACAGUGGACCGGCAUGGUGAGCAGAGCCUGUACCCAGCACAGUCCCCUGCUUACAUACAAAGCUACCAGCCUGUUCACUUGGAUCAUGCCUUGAACACUCAUCGCUGUGGCCUGGAGCACAGAGCAUGCUCUCCAGCUCAGGCCUUCCGAAGGGCCAAAUUCAAUGGACGACACUUCUCCAAAGCAGCUUGUUUUUCUCAGUAUGAGACCAUGUACCAGCAUUACUACUUCCAAGGCCUUAGCUACCCAGAGCAAGAUGGACAGCCUCCGGCUGGCAUCGCCUCCAAGGGUCCUUCCCGUGCCUUCCAGCCUGCUGGCAGCCUGCUGUUCCCUCCUGUGGUGCAUGUCAUGCCCUCCUCCCACAUGGAAAGUGGCAGCACCUCCAGCUGCUAUCAUGGUCACCGCUCUGUGUGCAGCGGUUACUUGGCUGACUGCCCAGGCAGUGACAGUAGCAGCAGCAGUUCUGGGCAGUGCCACUGCUCCUCCAGUGAUUCCAUGGUUGACUGUACAGAGGUCAGCAACCAGGGGGUCUAUGGGAGCUGCUCCACCUUCCGUAGUUCUCUCAGCAGUGACUAUGACCCUUAUAUUUACCGCAGCAAGAGCCCCUGCUGUGGGGGUGAUGCUGGUGGCACAAGCCCAAGGGCGAUUCUGCUCCUGGAGGGCCCCCAGCAGGACAAGCCUCUGGCACAUGGGCAUGCCCUGGUGGGUGCUGACUGUCGGCCUGUGCCAGCUUCUUCCUCAGGGGACCAACUUUCUACCUGCAGCAUGGAGAUGAACUACAGCAGCAGCUCCUCCCUGGAUCACAGGGAUUCAAAUGGCACUACCUCAGAGGGAGGCCUUGAGGGGACUCCCAGGGCUGCCUUGGCUGUUAAAAGGAACUGGAAAGGUCCAGAAGAUGCAGGACCUCUGAUGGAACAAGCAUGUGCUUGCUGCUUUGAGCUCCAGCAUGCUGCCCUGGAGCCCAGCAAUGGGACAGAAGACUAUGGCGCUCUCUUCUUGGGCUCCCCGCUUUGGGGCAGGUGUGGCCCAGGCAUGGAGCAGCAGCCAGGUAGCUCCCCAGGCCUGUACAGUGUUAACUCGGACCAUGUGCGUAGGACAGAUGGGGUGAAAUAUGAGGGCUUGCCCUGCUGCUUCUAUGAAGAGAAGCAGGUUGCCUGUGGUGGAAUGGGUAGCAGUGAAAGUGGUGGCUGCUACACAGAGGACUAUGCAGUGAGUGUACAGUACACACUUCCUGAGGAGGCCUUGCCAAGCUGCUAUCAAGAGGUGCAUGACAUAGGUCAGUGCAUCCCUAUCAUUCCUGAGGACAGAGACUGUGCAUUAGUCCAGCUGCCAGAGUGCCAAGGAACCCCUGGAGGCUGUAGUUCCUGGGACAGGGCACCUGACAUGGAUGCUCAUCUACCCCGCCAAGGCCUAGCAGAGCUGCAGGAGGAGACGAAGGCCUGCUACCAGGCAGUGUCCCUCCUGUGCCAGAGCUACUCUCGGGACAAAGGCACGAGGAUGCUCUUUCACAGCUCCACCCGGAGCUCACAGGUGGCAGCAGCAACCACAAAGGCUACAGGGUCUGGAUCUUACCUGCUGGAAAGAAGCCAAAUGGGCAACUAGAUCUUGCCAGACUGGGGAGCUUUUUAUGGAGACUUCAAAUUAUGCUGGACUUUCUUUCAGACUUUUUUAACUCUGACAAACACACAAAAGUGGUAAUGCAGAGAAGCCCCUACUCCCAGCCCAGCUGAACUGAGCUCCCCUCCAUUCCUUGCCAGCUUGAUGCCUCCUUUAAUCCUGGGCUUGUAUAAGGACACAAGCCAUUAAGGAGCAGCUCUGAUCUCUAGGGUCCCUUCUACACUAACAACAACAUGGUCCUUUAAAUUUCUGUUUUUUUCAAACCAUGGUGCCAGCUCUUUCUGGCAGAUAACACUGCUACAUUACACAAGCCACAGCGUGUAUAGAUACUGAUCUCUCCUAAAGUGAGUGAAGGCCUUUGAGCUCAGGGCUAUACCUGCCUGAGGGUAUGUCUACACUUGCAGCCUAAUUCAAACUAGGACUGCAAAU